AUGAUGGUAUCACAAUUGCAGGGUUCCUUCUUAACAUUCCUUGUGCAAGCGUGUAAAGCUAACAGAGUAUUGGAUAUUGGAACAUUUGCCGGGUAUUCGGCGGCUUGUAUGGCUGAGGGGUUGAGAUCACGUGGCGACGGAGCAAAGGUGGUCACGUUGGAAAAGGACGAGUUGUGUCAAAGGGUGGCCAAAGAGAACAUCGAGGCCGCCGGAUAUUCCGAUCUCAUAGAAUUUCUUUUAGGCGAUGCUUCCGAGUUACUAGAACUUUUGGACAACUCGAUGCCAUAUGAUUUGGUGUUCAUCGAUGCGAACAAGAGUGGAUACAUCAAGUAUUACAAUACGAUUCUGGAGCGCAACCUGCUCUCGAAUGAUGGAAUUAUUGUAGCCGACAAUG